AUGCCUUUCACGAUUGCUGGCGUCUUAGCCAUCUUCCUACCUGAGACACAGUUCGACGCGUUUCUGAAAAGCUAUGAAUCUCCCAGAAGCUGGGAGAGAAUAAAAUACCCAGUCGAUAUGGAAGUUCAAUCUCUCAUCACGGAAGAACAAGUACUUGAGCUGGCCAAACAGUUUCCCGACUGUUUAACAAUCUCACAGAUAGGACCUGAUAUAUGGCUCCAAUUUCCUAAAGUCAAGACCAAGUCCAACGCUCUAGUCUUGAAGGUUAAUUCCGUGGACGAGGCGACAUACCGGGUCCCCUGGGGUCUCGCUCGCUGUAACGGUCAAGUGUUGCCGAAGGCGCCGUCGAUGAGAACACUUUCCAAAGCCUGGCCUUCGAAGACCCACGGAUCCAAGCCGUUCGCCCAGAGCAAUACAGAAGAGUUUCCACGACUUUCAUCUUCGAUAGACAGGUCCAAGAGCAUGUUUAAAAGUGAUAGAUCAAUAUCAAACAAAGUAAAGCUUGAGCCCGAGGAUAUUGUCACGCUAAAUAGAACCACCAAAAUGUUGGCUGGAAUACUUGUGGAAAGAAAAUCCAAACGGGCUGUCAUGUUUCCAGCUGUUUCGGACCUGGAUGACCUUAAAACCAAAGAGUCCCGUCUUCAGCUUGCACGCCUAGGGAGUGGUACGCUUCAUAACCGCAUUCAAAACCGCAAUCUUUCAAUCUGUCCAAACCCUCAAUUUGGCCAACAGUGUGUCAUGAACACUCCUACAACAGGUCGACGAUUUCUGUAUCGAGCUGGAAAGCAGUUCGAUAUAAAGAAGACUGGUCCAAGCAAAACUAGGCCUCCUCACCUCUCGGGUAUCAAAUUCGGCCCCGAGGCGACUCAGUCCGACCCUGAGCAUAGCAUCCACUUUGAGCGAGGGAUAUAUUUUACCAACACACCAGUGACUCUACAGGACUUCGAGACUAAGGAUCCCUCUUUUGGGAGGCUCAUCACAGUUUGUGAAAAGAUCAACGAGGCGGUUGCACCAACAAGUACUCCUAUACAAGUGUCUGGCUUGACAAGUGGGUUUACUGAUCUAUGGUCUUCCAAUCCUGUCAGUGAUUUCAGAAACUACAUGGUUUACGGAGAGGAGCUUUCAUCUCUUCUCGAUCGGGGCUGGACGGUAGUUGAAGCGGAAUGA